AUGACUUCGACGGACGCAAAACCCUUGACUGCCCCCAUCAAGGCAUUGCCGGCUCCGUGGUACACAUCUCAAGCGAUGUUUGAGUUGGAAAAACGUGCGAUCUUCUCAAAGCGUUGGCUCUUCACCACCCACACAAGCCGUGUGCCGAAGCCAGGAAACUGGGUCCUGUACCAGAUUACAGACUAUAACUACGUUGUAGCCCACGAACGCACGGGUAUCAAAGCGUAUGUGUGCAUUGACAACGGUGAGGCGACAUUGAAUGGCGCCACAGAGGGACUAGAGGUUAGCCAAAUUGACGUAUUGUUUGGUUUCGACUUUCAAGCACACCUCGGAAAAUUCCGCUCUGCCCAUGUACACGUUGACCGGCAAGCGUUCGUUUGGGUCAAUUUGGACCAAAGUGAGAAGCCGGAGUUCUCAUGGGAAAAUGACUUUGAGGCUAUCGAUCGUCAGCCACGGCAUGCGGCCUGGUACAAACCACAGUCAUAUGUUUAUGACCACACUUGGGUUAUCGAAGCUCAUUACAAUUGGAAGCUUGCUGCUGACAACUGGAACGAAUGCUACCAUUGCAAAACCACCCAUCCUGACAUCCCAGACAUGAUGGACAUCUCAUCACACAGCGUGGAGCCUAAUCGAGCUUGGAUGCUUCACAACUCACCUCCACCGGCGUCGCCUGAAGUGGCUGAAGAGAAUAAGAAGAAGGGUAUCGGGUUCUUUUCCAGCUACUGUUGGCCCAAUGUCUCCAUUACCAUUGCUAAAAACCUAAUUUACAACCAGAGGUUCAUCCCCGUCAGUCCAAGCAAGACCAUCGUCACGUACGAGGUGUUCCGGGUAGACGGUGAGUCUGUGGAAGAUUUCAACCAUCACCACGUCUUGAUCAAGCGCGUAAUGGAAGAGGACAAAGCCUUGUGUGUUGCUGCGCAAAACAAUAUCGAGCGGGGUGUCUUCGUUAAUGGCGACCUUCACCCUCGUCUCGAAAUAGGGUCUCUCUAUUUCCAGCAGCUCACGCGUGAGGCAGUCAUAGAGCAUGUGGAGAUUGAGGACAAGGUGGCGCAUGAGAUUUGGCCGGCUGGAAGAGCGACUCACAACUUCAAGAUGGUUUCUGGCGCCGCCUCGCGGGAUCGCCUCGCAGCGCCUUCCACUCAGGCUUUGCCUCAAGUGACCAGUUAA